CACGCAAUAAGGGGCCAGUCUUCGAAGAAAAGAAAAGUGAAACUGGAGUUUGCCAGGCAGGAAGCUGAAGGCAGGUGUGCUGGCCACCAAGAUCUUGCUCAUUCUGUCUGAUCAGCAUGAUGUCACCUAAUGUAAUCAAUCAGUCUGACAGUCUAUGGGAUGUCCAGGUGAUCCAGAUACCGUUCAACUAUAUUAUGACAAAGGCCACAAGGGGCAGCUGGCAGUUUCACCUCAGAGCUGCAGGAAGGGACAGCGGCAGUGAAAAUCAAAUCAGGUGUGAUCCUAGGCUGAGCUCAUGGCCCAGCGGGACCAGCAGGGGCAGAUGGCAAGUGGAGGCAGAGAUCUCAACUUCAGGAUGGUCACAGAGAUCCAGAACGUAGAGGGUCAGAACCUGCAGGAGCAGGUUUUCCCUGAGCCCAUCUUCAGGUUCUUCAGGGAACACAAGGUGGAGAUUGCAAGUGCAAUAACAAGGCCAUUUCCUUUCCUUAUGGGCCUCCGAGACCGCUCCUUCAUCUCUGAGCAGAUGUAUGAGCAUUUUCAAGAAGCUUUUAGAAACCUGGUCCCAGUGGCAAGAGUGAUGUACUGUGUACUCAGUGAACUGGAAAAGACGUUUGGCUGGUCACAUCUGGAAGCGUUGUUCAGCAGGGUUAACCUGAUGGCCUAUCCUGAUUUAAACGAGGUUUACAGAAGCUUCCAAAAUGCAUGCUAUGAACACCCACCUUGCCAAAUGAACAAUGUAAGCUGGUUAGAAGAUAGACCCAGAUUACUACUGUGUGGUAAACAAGAGAACAGCAAUGCCUGUCAUGAAAUGUGUGAUGUAGCAGUGCCUCAGGAAGCCUUGAGCUUCUCGCCAAGGUGUGGGCCAGGUUUCUCUUCAGAGUCUCAUGAGCAAUUAGCUCUUCCAAGGGCUGAUGGAGGAGAUGCUGAAAAUGCACCCAGCCUGCUACCAGUGUGCUGUGAACAUGCUAUACAAGUAGAUGAAGGAGAAUCAGAAGAAAUGCCCCAGUUACUGCCUUAUGAUGCAGAAGAGAGCUUUGAUCUAAACACUCCCCAAAUCACUAAUGAAGGAGAACCAGAGAAGGGGCUCAGUCUACUACCAGGUGAAGGAGAAGAGGGCAGUGAUGACUGUUUGGAAAUGCGUGAUGGAAGCCAGGAAGCCUCUAGCUCCCUAGCAAAAUGUGGGUCAGAGACAUUUGCUGUACACAUUCCCCAAAUCACUAACGAAGGAGAACCAGAGAAAAGGCUUGGUCUACUACGGGGUGAAGAAGAAGAGGGCAGCGAUGACUGUUCAGAAAUGUGUGUUGGAGAAGAGCCCCAGGAGCCCUCCAGCUCCCUAGCAAGAUGUGGGUCAGUAUCUAGUGAACUAAAAGAUCACCAAAUGAAUGAAGAAGAAGAAUCAGAAGAGCUUGCUUCUAGCCUGCUACAUGAGGAUGUACCAGGAGCAGAGCAACUAGCAUGUGAAAAUGAGAAGUGUUCCUGUGUCAUGUGUUUCUCAGAAGAAGUGCCAGGAGGCCCAGAAGCAAGGAUGGAAAAUACUGUGGAUACUGGAAGCAACUCUGCUUUGGAGAGUACCAAACCCAAGAGGAAAAGAAGAAAAAAGAAGGGGCAUUGCUGGACCAGAGUAAAAAGGAGAGGGCAGAAAAAAAUCCAACAGAAUGGUAACAGCAAAGCUGAUGGCCAGUUGAUGUUCAGUGAAAAGAAGACGAACGUGAAUCUCCAAGGCCCUUUCAAGAUUAGGAGGAGAAAGAGAGGCAGACCUAGAGCCCGCUUCACCCAGACUAACAGAGCUCCACAGAAAAGAGUCCGAUCAAGAGUUUCAAGAAAGUGCAAAGACAAAACUGUGGAUUUUAAGGCUCCUAUACUUCCAGUGACCUGUGGUGAGGUGAAAGGAAUUUUACAUAAGAAGAAUUUGAAACAAGGAAUCUUGGUGAAGUGUAUACAGAGUGAGGAUGGAAAUUGGUUCACCCCCAGCGAAUUUGAAAUCAAAGGAGGCCACGCAAGAUCAAAGAACUGGAGGCUGAGUGUGCGCUGUGACGGGUGGCCCCUACGAUGGCUGAUGGAGAAUGGAUUUCUGCAUAAUCCUCCAAGAACUAGGAAAAAGAAGAGAAUACUGAAGUCUCACAAUAAUACCUCAGUUGACCCUUGUAUGAGAAACUUGGACGAGUGUGAGGUUUGCCGGGACGGAGGGGAGCUGUUCUGUUGUGACACUUGUUCAAGAGUCUUCCAUGAGGACUGCCACGUCGCGCCUGUGGAAACUGAGAAGACCCCGUGGAGUUGCAUCUUCUGCAGGAUGAAGGAGUCUUCAGGAAGCCAGCAGUGCUGUCAGGAAUCUGAGGUCCUGGAGAGGCAGAUGUGUCCUGAGGAACAGUCGAAAUGUGAAUUCCUCCUCUUGAAAGUCUAUUGCUGUUCUGAGAGCUCCUUUUUUGCCAAGAUUCCAUAUUAUUAUUAUAUUAGAGAGGCAUGUCAAGGCCUGAAGGAGCCCAUGUGGUUGGAUAAAAUCAAGAAGAGGCUGAAUGAGCACAGUUAUUCCCAAGUGGAGGGGUUUGUACGUGACAUGCGCCUCAUCUUCCAGAAUCACAGGGCAUCUUACAAGUACAAGGAUUUUGGCCAAAUGGGACUUAGACUGGAGGCUGAAUUUGAGAAGAAUUUGAAGGAAGUGUUUGCUAUUCGGGAAACAAAUGGGAUUAAUUAAUUGGUUUAGUGGAUGCCGAAGGCGUUCAUCUGCCCAAAGACGAAUCAUCCAAAAGAAAUUCAAUCAUCAUGAAUCCCAUCACCAACAAUCUCAUCAGCCAGGGAAGGGUAACUGGGACCACAGGGAAGGAGGUGGGAGGUGACACCAGCGCAGACAGACUGUCACCUCUUCUCCUGAGGGCUGCUCCAGACAUUUAUUACUCACAAGACCUUUUAUCUGAAAAACCAGCCAAGCUUUAUUCAGGACACACUUCUUUCCUUCCCCCUCCCACUUGUCUGGCCACCUCCCUGCAGAAGCCCCAGGCCCCCAUUCUUUUCGAUAGCUCAGGAUGGUGUAUGCGUGUCAAUCAUCUGACCCUUCUUGGAGUCUUGUAUUUCAUGGGACUCCUAUGUAUACAUAUAUAAUUAAAAUUAUUUUCCCUCCUGUUA